AAAAGAUGUCUUAAGGCACCAAUAAACAAAUUGAUUUGUUGAAGUAAGAGAUAGACAAAACCAACAUCAAAAUUAAGAAACUACAACUUAAGUUAUAAAAUGAAAAAAAAGAAUUAAAAGAAAAAAGGAUCCUAUUCAAUGGAGUUAGAAGUCAAUAUGAAAAAUACUCAAAGUUGGAGGAAAAAUAAACAACUAACUUUUAUGAAAUCUAGGAGACAUUGAGCAAAUGUUAGGAAGAGGAAUACUAAAAAAACAUUGAACUAUAAAAGGGAAAAUAUCAAAUAUCCCUUAUUGAUUACGAAGUUGACUCAAAGGCAUAUUAGAAAGCCCCUUUUACUUAGAAACAGCAAUUCAUAGAGUUCAGAGAGCAGGAUGAGAUUGCUUUAAAUGAAUUGGAUGAAAUAGAGAAGGAGAAGAAGAAGAUGAAGAGUAAGUAAAAGGAGAAAGCGCAAUUAACAAAGAAAAUAGAAGUAACAGCACCGAAGUUGUAAUAAACAGAAAAGCAAUUAAGACACAAUCAAUAUUAGAAAGUAUAUUAUGAAUAGAUGUUGGAUGAUGUGAAGUAUUAUAUCGAAUAGAAAUACACUUAUAUUUCUGAUUUGGAAUAGUCAAUCAGCCAAUAUUAACAAAUUUUAGAUGAGUUGAAUUCGGAUUUACAGAUUGGGAUGAUGAACAAUCUAAAUUUUCAUAAUUGUUCUCAAAAACAUUGACUAUCUAUUAAAUUGUAGUAUUAUAUUAAAAUAAUUAAGUGAUGUCUUAAAAGUUCAUUUCACAAAAACCUAAUUUAGAAAACAAAGCUAAAUCCUAGAAUUAAAAAGCUAGGUUUCUAAAUGACAAGGAGGAAAGUGAACAUCCCCCUUAAAUGAGAAAUGCAUAACGGUUUUUGUAAUUCCAUUUCAUAAUCAAGAAAGUCGAAAACCAAAAGCAACUCAGGAGAUGAUUGUUAUUCCUCAACCAUCUAUUCAGUAUGCUUAGCCAGUAAUUAACACUUAACAAUACUUAGUAUGUUCCAAAGCCUAUUCCCAUACCUGAGGCAAUCAAAUAGAUAGACAAGAAAAUUCAGGCUUAUCGCAGAGUGAUGGAGAGAGAGAGACGGGAGAAAUUGCAACGAGAAAAAUAAGAAUAAUAGAGAUUAUAUGAAAAUGAGGAGGAUCAGAAAAGAGCCUUAGAUUUUAUGACAAAUCCUCAGAUAGUGGAUUAAAAGGAAGAGGAACCUUCUUAGUAGGAGUAAGAUGAUGAAGAGCUGUUGUCUGAGGAACCGAGAGUUCAGGAUCAAUAGCGAUUAGCAGUCAGUGAGAAGACUUCGUAUUCUGAGGCGGUGAAGAAGAGAGAAUAGAUCUACGAUCACACACUUUAAAGGAUGUAUGAGAAGAGAUAAAACCCAGUACUAUUUGCAGUAAUAUCAUAUAUUUAUUAUGAGAAAUUCAAAAAGAAGCCUCCCAUUUUAAAUAUUACAACAAAAAACAAGAUUACAAAGGGGAAUGGAAGGAUGGAUCCUGAGGAACACAGAUUACGAGUAUACAAUAGAGAGAAUGUUCCAACAAUACCAGAUUUGAUAAUACCAUCGUUUACUAUUAAGAAGGAUUAAAUGGCCAAAAAUAUUCUGGCAUAUUUAGUAAAAAUUAAUUAAUUAAUUUUAUUUAGAAAGAAUAUACUCCAUUAUUUCGGGGGUAUAAGAAUUAUGAAUAUCCAAAAUGUGUCUAAAACAUUCUGUAAGAAGAGAUUGACUCACUUCCUUAAUAAUGA